AUGGCCGCGACGCUGCGCCCGAAGCCCCGCGCGUCGCCCGUUGCUGCCGAGAGCGCCGGCGACGCGUGCGCAGUCUGCCAGCAGCAGUCGCAGCGCGUGGCUGUGUGCUGCUCUGUCUGCGCAAAGCGCUUCCACUUGAAGUGUCUCACGCCUCCGCUGCGUCGUCGACCGUCUGAAGUACACCGCUGGCAGUGCGCUGACUGCAUUGACAGAGAAGAGGCAGGCGAAGAAGCAGACGAAGAAGCAGACGAAGAAGCAGACGAUGAGCCGUUGGUGGUUAGAGGAGGCGGCACGGGGAAGCGGAACGGAGCGAGGGACACAGAGGGACAAGGCGACGAGCUGGCGCUCAAGAGGCGUCGAGUCACGACGAGGCGGACGUUGGAGCACGAGGCGGUCGCUGUACAGACGCCGCGUGAGCGUCGCAAUGGAAAAGCUGCAAUGAAAAAGGCAAAGACGAUGGACGGAAGGAGGAAGACGAACGAGACAAAGCGCCAACGACAGUGUGCGGCAUCGCGGAAUGCUUCAGGAGGUCGCAAGGCGGCUGUUCGAUCACGCGUCGAUGACAACAGCGAGGACGAAGAAGAGGAUGACGAUGACGACGGUGACGACGGAGACGACGACAGCGAUUUUGUCGUUGAAACCGUGUCGGACGAGGCGGUUUAUGAGGACGAUACCGACGUUGUAGGUGUCUCGAGUGACGACGAGAAGCAGAAACGAUCCAGACGACGUCCCGUAACCACCCAGUCGGUUGCAAAGCGAAAGGACAAGUCUGGUCGCCGAGUACAGCAGCAGACACCUCCUGUGCCUCCCCGCCCUGUUGCGAACAGUGCCGAUCAUGUCAGCGACGUCGAUUCGCUGGAUAUUGAGAUCAUCGGCGAGAGCGCCAGCUCGGAGGAUGAAGUUGUGUACGGUGGUCCGCAUUACUUUGUCGAAUAUGCAGCCAGCGGACGAGCAAAGUGCAAAAGCUGCGAGCAAAAACUUCUCGUCAAGGAAUUGCGAGUUGGCGUCAACAUCCGCCACUCAAUCUUUGGCGACACUACAUACUACAAGCACUUAGAGUGUACUGCAAUUGGGCUGAAAGCUGGGAUCGCUGCCAACGAAGUCGAAGUAGAACCGGACAUUGAUGUUAUCGAUGAGAAGAGUCCAAAGACGAAGAAAGGCGACGAUGACCCGAUUGACGGCUUGUCGAAGCUUGAGCCUGCCGACCAGAAGCGUGUCCGUGAGUACAUGGAGCAGAGCGACCUCAACGGUGUGAUCGACGAGCGCCUCCCACUUGCAGACGACCAUUUCAACAAAAAAGGUCGCAUGCCAGAGAAACAACCGUCAAAGUACUUGACUGCCACUCUUCUUCCGUACCAACUCGAAGCAUUGGCGUGGAUGGUUGGACAGGAGAAGAGCGAUUACAAAGGCGGCAUUCUGGCCGAUGAAAUGGGAAUGGGCAAAACGAUUCAGGCACUAUCGGCCAUCCUCGAAAAUCCUCGAGAGGUGGACCUGUCGACAAGCGCCAAGGCUGCUACAGGUCGUAAAUCGCGUGGGGGUACGCUUGUCGUCUGCCCUCUGGUUGCUGUCAUGCAAUGGAAGAGCGAAAUCGAGCGGUUUGUAGAACCCGGUCAUCUUUCUGUGUACGUACAUCAUGGUCCCAAGCGGUUGGAUGCGGUGGAGAAGAUUGCUUCCUACGACAUUGUGCUUACGACGUACUCGAUUAUUGAGAACGAGAUCCGCAAAACGCUUGGCUGGUCAAAAGUUGCGUGCAAGUACUGUGGGAAGAAGUAUUUGCCAGACAAGUUGGUAUCGCACAACAAGUACUUUUGUGGUCCAGACGCGCAGAAGACCGCCCUGCAGGAUCGCCAGCAGAAGAAAAGAAAAGGCAAGAAGAAAGCUGCUGGAGAGGACAGUGAAGAGGACGACGAGUUGAAAAAGCCGACUCGAAAGACGAAAAGUCGUGCGAAUGCGCGAUUGAGCAAAGCGUUUGAUGACAGGAUACGCAGCCAUCAGAAGACGAAGGGCAAGUCACCUCUUCACCAGAUCGAGUGGACGAGAAUCGUUCUCGACGAGGCACACUACAUCAAAGAUCGCAAUUGUAAUACCGCGCGGGGCGUCUUUGAGCUAAAGGCUACUUACAGGUGGUGUUUGUCAGGCACCCCGCUACAAAACCGCAUCGGCGAGCUGUUUUCUCUUGUGCGGUUCCUCCGUGUGAAGAGAUACGCGUAUUACCACUGCAACAUGUGUGACUGUCAGAUGCUGGACUACAACUUCCCAGACCGAAAGUGCGUGCAAUGCCCGCAUAGUGCCAUUCAGCACUACUCGUACUUCAACAAGAAGGUCGUCAUUCCCAUCCAAGCAUACGGCUAUGUUGCUGAGGGCAAACUUGCCAUGCAACGACUCCAAAACGAUGUUCUACAGCACAUUCUGUUGCGCCGCACGAAAGAAGGACGUGCGGACGAUAUCUCGCUUCCGCCUAAACUGGUGCGCAUUCGGAAGGAUCGCUUGGACGAGCGUGAGAAGGACUUUUACGAGGCCAUCUACACGCAGAGCCAAGCGCAGUUCAACACCUACGUCUCAUCCGGAACGCUGCUGAACAACUAUGCGCACAUCUUCGAUCUUCUGAUUCGCCUUCGCCAGGCAGUGGACCAUCCGUAUCUCGUCAUCUACUCCAAGUCGAACCCGGCACUCCAGCUGCCAAACCCAGUCGCGUCAUUGGUGGAAGAGAAGCCGUUCGGUACCAGCGAGAGCAGCAGUCCGGAUGACGAGGGAUCGUGCGCGAUUUGCCACGAGGGCAUAGAAGAUGGCGUGGUCGCAAAGUGCGGGCACGAGUUUUGUCGGGAAUGCGUGAAGGAAUACAUCGAGUCGCUUCCGACCGGCGGAGAAGCAACAUGCCCAACGUGCACAAAAGCGUUGACUGUUGAUCUGUCCUUGCCAGUCGAAGACGCUGGACCUGUUGACGCGUCCGCUGAGGUUGCCAACUUGUCGAGUAGCAACCGAUCGUGCAACUCGGUGAAGCUGUCCAGCUUUCAUCGAAACAGCAUUCUGCACCGAUUAUCCGACGUCAACGCCUUCCAGUCGAGUACGAAGGUCGAGGCGCUCAUGCAAGAGCUGGAGCUCAUGCGUAUCCGUGAUCCAUCCGGCAAAGCGAUCAUCUUCUCGCAGUUUGUGAACAUGCUUGACAUUAUCCAGUAUCGACUGCAGCUUGGCAAGAUCAAUUGCGUGAAGCUGUCCGGCAACAUGAGCAUGAGCGCACGAGACCGGACCAUCAAAGCUUUCCGUGACGACCCGACGGUGACAGCGUUUCUGAUCAGCCUCAAGGCUGGCGGUGUUGCACUCAAUUUGACUGUCGCGUCACACAUUUUCCUGAUGGACCCGUGGUGGAACCCUGCUGCCGAAAGCCAAGCCAUCGAUCGUACUCAUCGAUUGGGCCAGUUCAAGCCGAUCCAAGCCACUCGCUUCAUCAUUGCCGGCACUGUCGAGGAACGCAUCUUGAAGCUUCAAGAGAAGAAGCACUUGAUCUUCGAAGGGACUGUUGGCGCGAAUGUGAGCGCGAUAUGCCGCCUCACUGAGGAAGACCUCCGAUUCCUGUUCGCAACGUGA